GCUCUGACCUCACGAUCAACAACUCACAAAACACUCUCACGAUUCACGACCCCCCCUCCCCAACAUUCACAACAAUCUAGUUCACAACAGCACCCUGUGGUUAGAGUUAAAUAAAAGGUAAGACAAUAUCCAUUAAGAAAGAGGUUAAGCAAAUUGUAAUAAUCUUAAAAUAUACACGGUAUGGACAUAGCAAUGAACAGUGCCCUGACAAUCAAUAGUGCCCUAACUAUGAACAGUGCCCUGACAAUCAAUAGUGCCCUAACUAUGAACAGUGCCCUGACAAUCAAUAGUGCCCUAACUAUGAACAGUGCCCUGACAAUCAAUAGUGCCCUAGCAAUGAACAGUGCCCUGACAAUCAAUAGUGCCCUAACUAUGAGCAGUGCCCUGACAAUCAAUAGUGCCCUAACUAUGAACAGUGCCCUGACAAUCAAUAGUGCCCUAACUAUGAACAGUGCCCUGACAAUCAAUAGUGCCCUAACUAUAAAAACAGCGCCCUACAAUCAUGAACAGCGCCCUACAACAAUGAACAGUGCCCUAAGACCCAAACAUUUUACCUUUUCGAUAACAAUAAGUAGGAAAAAUAAAGGCAUUUGAACUCGCUUGUCGACGUGCGGUAAUGUUUAUUCAUUAUAAGAUCGAACAUGAAUCGAUAAGUGAUCAAUAUUUAAAUAUUCUUUAGUGACACACGCUGACCUACUUGUGUGUCGAUUACGAUUGAGUUCUGAUCAGAGCUUCCAGUUUUGCGUAUGCAUUUAAAAUUGAAUUACUACACGCAUGUAAACGUGGUGCAACUGUGUGAUUACGUAUACAUUUAAAAUUGAAGUUAUUAAAGGUAUAUGUCAUUUGGGCUGCUUUUAUUGUGUUGAAUUUUGACGCAUAUGGCGUGCUCGCAUAUCACAAAACAUACAAAUUACCUGUUUUCUCCACAGCGAUGACAGCCAAAACGGCAGCUACAAAACCCCCAGCCGGACAGGCGGGGGACGCCUCUGAAGAUGGUGACUUUGUUGCACUCAGGGAGAGUAGAGAGGUCAGUAGUGAUUAUAAAAAGGGCCAGGAAAAACGUGUUUCCUCAUGAGUAUAUUUUUUAAAGCGAUAACAAUAGGAAUAAAAAUGAUAAUUUAAAUUCAAACAUUAUGCCAGAAUGGCAAUAAAAAAAUUAUCGCCGCUAUCUAACAUGAGAUUCUGUCAGAUUUUUCGCCUUAAAGAAUAUAGUUAAAUACAUUCCUGUAAAUUACCUUAUGCUUACACUUACAGAAUCGUGUUCCAGAGACGUUGGAGAUAUCCCCGGCCUUUUUAACUCAAAUAUUAGAGAGUUCUAAAGAUGUUAGACCGCCGUCUGCUACAAAGAGACCUCAAAGUGCUGGCGGAAGAAGAAAACCAAAAGCUGGUGAAACUAACAUAUGGUCGCAGUUGACAGGUAAAAGAAUUGCGGAGCCUUCUUUCUUUCUUUUCUAAAUAACGCAUGAAAGACGGUGGUGUAAGAAAUAAGGGGCGGUGAGGGGGUGGGGUUGGUCAACACAGGGUGCCAUUUUUUUCUUUAUAUCGGAUGUGGUAGUUUAGGCUAACUUCACUUCAGUUUUUUUUUUAACUUGGAAGGGGCGGCAAAAAACUUGGACCGCCCUCGGCGACACAAACCCGAAAUUAAAAAAAAAAAUAUAUCGUUUAAUUGGUGGAAAUCAAACUUUUAUUUUGAAUCAUUUAUAAACUUCAUAUUUUCCCUAUUAAAUAUUUUUCAUUGACUUGAUGAAUCAUGGUUUUAUUUUCAGACGCUGUAAUAAGUGGGCCGACAGCAUUUAAAGAAGCAAUAAACAAUAUCCAGUCCAACAAUAAAUUGUCUAGCAAGGACUUCCUAGAUCCCAGAAAUAACCAGAACAUUCUUCAUUUUUCCGUGGAGGAAAAGAAUCAAGAAAUUGUGAACCUCGUUUUGGAAAGAGCUGAUGAGGAUUUGAUACUACAUAAGUUUGAAGUUGAUGUCUCAAACAUAAUCGGCAAAAAGAAUGUUUUACACCAAGUGGUUGAACAGAACAAUCUUAGUCUUUUAAAAACUUUACUAGCGAAAAUUUCAAAUCAGCAAAAACGAAUCGCGCUACUAAACCAGGAAACACCGGUAGAGAUAAAAGGUCAAAGGCCAAGGACUUUUCCAUGUUUGCACUUAGCAGCAUACUAUGGUUUUACUGAAAUCGUUAUGUUCAUCAUUGAACAAGGCGUCGAUGUUAACCACGUCAAUGCUAAAAAUGAUACAUCACUGUUGUGGGCUUCACGUUGGGGCCAUCAGGCAACAGUUAGAGCAUUACUAAAAAUAGGAGCUCUAACAAGUGUUGAAAAUGACAAAGGUUCAACUGCUCUAUAUUGGGCAGUGCGUUAUGGACACACAGAAACUGUUGACAUUUUAGCAAGGGAAGGAAAGGCUAAUGUUAGCCAGACUAGAAAACUGGGUUUUGUAGCACCCAUUGUAUUGGCUUCUGCUUUAGGAUUUGAUGAUAUAGUGUCAAUUUUACUUGACUGUGGGGCUGAUCCCAACUUUGCUAUUCGUGGUGGAGAGAGACCCAUUCAUCAUGCAGGAAGAGAAGGGUUCUCAAAAAUUAUUGAGGUUUGUGUCAGAUAAUAUAAUGCAUUGUCAAUAAACUUAAUGAAUGAGAAUAAUAAAGCCAAAACAUAUUCUUUCAUUCAUCAUGAUCAUUGAUAUUCAAAAUUGUAAAAAUAUCCGUAAAAUCAUCAUUUAUAAAUGUAAAUUUAUUUAUAAAAAGAUACCAAAUUGUCAUUGUUUUAGAUCCUGGUGGACAAGGGAGCUAAAAUAGAUGCUGCUGAUGAAAGGGGUGAUACCGCCCUACUUCUGACAGCCAAAUAUGGCAGAGCUAAAGCUCUACAGACACUGGUAAAAACUGUCAAUAUGGACAAGUAUUGGCUUAAAAAAAAUAACUUUACUAUUAGUCAGAAAAUAAAUGCUUAGCCUGUAUCUAUUCACAAUAGUGCCUAAUAUCAAUCUGAACAUCAUAAAUUAAGUAAACAAGACAUUAGUUUUAUUGAUAAAUGUUUGAUUCGUUUAUUUUCUCAGAGCCUACAAACUAUUGAACUUUGUUCACUUUCCAACCUUAUUUUUUUCUUCAGCUUCAGCUUGGGGCUAAUGUUAACCACAAGAAUCUCAUGGAAGAAGAUGUUUGGACAUUUGCUGUCAGCAAUGACAAUGACCUCAUCUUGAAGUUGUUGGUGAUCCAUCAAAGAAAGAAAGAGUUGGAAACAAUUAUUGAAAGUAAGAGGAAAGAAUAUUACCUUUAAGAUCAUCUAAACAACAUGUCUUGUAAAAUGAUUUUAAAGAAGGAAAAAAUGUUUGUUCAUAUGUAUAAACAACUUUAAUAAGUAGACACCUUAAAUAAUUUAAUGAUUGUUUUGUCAAAUGCUAAAAAUUUUCAGAUCAUGUUGAUUCUAAGCCAAAAAGUACACCAUCUGGCAUUAACUCCUUGUUAAAUCUGGCAGCUUCUGUUGGAAAUAUUGAUAGAAUGAAACUUUUAUUUGAAAUGAAGGUAAGAAGAUUAUUUCCUUUCUGCUUAUGUCAAAAUGUGAAAUGAUUAUUUUAAGUUCGGCAAUAUGUAAACCCAACAGGUAAAUGAGCACUAAUAUAAAUUAUGUUAAAUCAAACAAACAUUAUUUUUGAGACUCAAAUCUUUAUGUUUGAGUAAUUCUUGGCUUGUAAUAAAAAUAAUAUAAACCUCACUUAAGGUAGAUGAUUUGAAUUAAAGCAGCAACUCUGUUUAAAUAGUAUGUUCAAUUUUUAUUUGAAAUAUUUGUUACAGAUUGAUGCAAAUGCUACAGAUGAAGAUGGAAACAACUUUCUCUAUCAUGCUGCCAUUAACAAUCAAGCUGAUGUUAUCAAAGAGUUUCACAAAAUGGUUUGUGUCUUAAAAUUAAUUUAUAUUUUAGUCUAAUCUCUCUAGCUUAAUGAAUAAUUACAGGGCUUUACUCUACAACAUCCUAGAAAAUGUCAGUCUAGCCUAUCUACAUGAUUUUCCCAGUAUUUAAAGGUUGAUAUCUUCAAAGCUCAACACACUGGAUCCAAACCUAUUGUUGAUAAUUACAUUCUUUAAUUGACUUGCUGUAUUCAUGGAUUAAAGAUUUAUAUAACAUUGACGUGAAACAUGCCAACCAAAGUCUGUUCGUAGCAUAGUGUUAUUAAGUGUUAUACUUGAAUCAUACGAAAGUUAAAGAUAUAUCUCUCAAAUCAAGCCAAAACAAAUAAACUAAUUAAAAAAAACAUUAAUCUAAGAACGUGAAGACACCAAAUCAAGAGAUUAUAAGAACAUGAGAUCAAGCUAAACAAUUAAUAGCAAAAGCUGUGUAAUAAAAAUGUAAAAGGAAAUUUGAUACAUUAACACUUGCUUACAUUAUUCAUAUGUUAUAAAUAUUGAACUAAUUUUCCAUAUAGCACUUAAAAAAUUAGUUCAAUUAGUUUUUAACAUGUCAAAAUUGCUAAUUAGUUACCGGUACUGUAUUUUUUUUGAAAGGUCAACAUUGACAGUGCCAACAGAUCUGGGAACACUGCCCUUCAUGAAGCUUGUGCCAAAGGUCACCAUGAAGCAGUUAUGGAACUUAUUCAGUGCAAGGCCAUGGUCAACAUUAGAAACUCACAAGGUAAUAUACCUGAGUGUGACAGCCUUUUAUUAAACUAUUCAUUCAUUUUUACCGGUACUCUCUAGUUUUAACAUAUAAGCUGUUUAUUAUCUUAUUCCAUAUUUUUUUUAAAGAUGAUUGAUAAAGAUUUUUGACCAACACCAAAUUAUACAUGAUUGACAUUUAAAAAAAAAAAAUCCUUGGCAAAAAAUGUAUGUCAACUUAUUUAUAGUUGCUUACUAAUAUUUGAGGAUAAGCACUUGAAAGAUCAUUUCAAAAUCCUUGUAGCACAAAUUACCUCAAUAGGUAAAAAUACUUUAUCAUUUAACUGUAAAUUUUAGCUUUUUUUUCUCCAGUAAAUAUUUCUAGCUGCUUUCCUCUAAUAAUCAUUGUUCUUUAUCUUUUGACAGGAGAAACUGCUCUUCAUAUAGCCGCUUUCUCUAAGUUGAUCCAGCCACUGACAGUGUCAAAGCUGAUAAAUUAUGUCAUCAAGUCCCACCCCUGGGAGGUCCUCAACAUAACAGACAAGUACAUUUGGUUCAUAUAAUUUUCUCUAUACUCAAUUCACGUAGUGAACCUUGAUUUAUUUCAUUUAUUUCAUGAAUUCUUGUAUGGGUUUGGCUUCAUCAGUCAGCCCAUUAUGAACAUUUAUUUCAUGCAUUAAAUAAUUCAGCCGUUGGUAUUCUCCUCAACCAAAUUUAAUGUUAUCCUAUAUGUAGAAAAUUUCAUUAAAUAAUCUAAGAGAGUUUGAUUUUUAUAUAUAUAGAUUCUUCUCAUUGAUCAUUAAUUUAUUCAUCACUUCAUUUCAAUGAUGUUAUGAUGUUUUUUUCAUGUAUCAGUGAAGGUAACAACCCUUUGCACAUAGCAGCCAAACAUGCCAGGCCAGAUGUCUUGUGGGAGUUUCGAUUUGUUAGGUUCAAAGAUGAAGAUGUUGAUGGGAACAUAGCACUCCAUGAGUCAGUCAGGUACAACCACUGGUUUUAUUCCUUUCAUCAUUGAUAUCUUUUAAAACAUUUUGUCAUUAGCAUUGCUUGCCAUCUUGACAUUUUGAAAGUAGCCUGUGUAUGUAGUUGGUGUAGCAGUUAUGUUUUGGACAUGCAAGAUACUAGUUAAACAAAUGUUUUGCACAAAAAUAUUGUAUCAGUUUAAUUAAUUUAAUGACAUGUGUGAGGUGGUUAUCAGCUUAGGUUCAAUUUUUAGCCUACUUGAGCCAUUUUUUCGUCAAAACAUAAAUAUAUUAAAAUGUAAAGAAUUAUUUUGUUAUAAUUAUCUGGAUUCAAGUUGUCUCUCUGUUUUGUAGGCAGAGUUUAUUAACUCGGGAGUUUUCUCACCUGUCUGAGAAUUGCCACCUUUUGUAGGCAGAGAUAUCUAUUUACUUUGCCACAUUUUAAACUGUUUAUUAAGACAGAAGGGGAGACUAGUUUAGCAGGGUGCUUAUUAUUUUUUUAGUUCAAAUGUUAAAUGUGUUAAAGUCAACAUAAUUGAAACUAUUUUGAAGUGAUUUUAAUUACAACAUAAUUUCAACUAUAUUGGAACAAUAUACAGUUUGCUACUGGCAAUAAACUAUAUGACAUACAUUGGAAAAAUUAUAACUGGUUGAAAAGCGCAUAAAAUAAAUGUUUUGCAAACUUCCUUCCUAGUUCACCAUGUAGCAAGUCCUGCUAUAGGUGUGUUUACAGAAUGGGCAGUUGAUAAGCUCCAUAUUUUCUAGGGACACAACUAUGGCCAAUAAAUACGUUCAUCCAUAGUGGAUGACGACAAUAAGUAGCAAUGUCUGUGAAGAUAGCAGAGUUAUCUAUUUACAUGGUCUUCAUUAAUAUUACACUGUGUUCAAAACCACAUAGUGAAAACUCUUGUUAACAGAAAUCAAGAUGGCUGACACUCCAAUCUGAGUUCACGACCAUUGGCUAACAAUUAGGGGUUGCAAUCCAGGAUCCCGAAUUUCAAAAAUACCGGACCAUAAUUGAUGCUUGAAAAAAAACAGGAUUUUUGAUAAUCCUGGGAUUUCAUUUUCAAUUUUUGUUUGAAUCGUUUUUCUUAGUUUCCACGUCGUAGUUAAAGCAAGACAUACCAAUAAUUUAUGAGAUGUGCUAAUCCAUCACACCACAUGUCUCAAGUUCAAAGAAAGCCGACCGACGGGCUAGAUAUGUGUACUCUUAUUUGUCAAGAAUCAUGACUUUGUGAUUAGUUUUGUUUUUGCAUCGUGUUUGUGUAGUGUGUAAGUGGAGACGAGUCACGACGUGAAGGUCCAUGAUUGGUAAGUUAAUGUUUUCAUAUUAUUGAUUAAUAAGUAAUUGGUAUAGUUAAAUGGAGAUCGAGUUUUGACUUCCAUUAAGAGUUUGUUUGGAAAUAAUAUAUAACACGUUGCACUCAAAUCACGGGGUCAACUUUUAAUUAAUUUUUUUAAAUUGCUGAUUUCAUUUAAUAAUGCCAAAAAACCUACAUAUUUAAAAAUAUGAGUAAAUCUGUAUUUUGAUAAUCAAAUGCCUUAAGUUUCAGACACAGAAAACUUAUGUUACUUCUAUUUUGUGAUAACAAUAUUAAUAAUUUACAUUCACCUCAUAAUUGAUUUUUGAGCUAUUUUAUCUUAGGCUGAAUUUCCCAGUUUAUCUAUACCGUACCUAGACAAAAUGUACAUGACUGAAUGUACCAAUUGUUCUGUACCGUACUUAGCCAAACAUUUACAUGACUGAAUGUCCCAUCUUGUCUGUGCUGUACCUAGCCAAAAUUUACAUGACUGAAUGUCCCAAUUGUUCUGUACCGCACUAAGCCAAACAUUUACAUGAAAAUUUAAACAUUUAAAAAAAGUUUUACACGUCCAACCAGUUCGAUUGAAUUAAUAAUUUUUUUGUUAAUGAUUUAUUUUCCCUUCAGAUUGAUAGAAAGAAAUGGGAGACCCUGAAAAAAAUAAACCUAAAUUUGAAAAGCAUUUGAAACUAUCGGAAACAAAGACAUCAGUUUGGCAUCAUUUCUUGAAAGCUCCAGACAAUCUCUUAGCUAAAUGUAUUAGAUGUAACAAGAUACUUAAAACAUUUGGAGGUACAACUUCAGGCCUUGACUCUCAUUUAAAGUCUGCACAUCCAGUAUCUUCUUGGUUGUAUUUCUAAGGCCAGAUUGCGACCAGAUGCGAAAAAAUAUCGUGGAUAUUCAAAAGCUUGGUCAGACAGCGGAUUCCUCGUUGGAAAUAACUAUGAACAAUGAAAUCGAACAUCUUGGAUUUGAGCAUGACGAACUUAAAGACACACUGCCGCUUAAGAGACAAUUAGAAAUUGAAAUACAAAAGAAACUUCAGGCUCAGGAUAAUAAUUCCAGUCUAAUGGUUGGAGACUUUAAUACAUUGGUAAAAAUAGAAAUGGUUUUAUUUGAGAAUGGCGGUUCAAGAGGAAAAUAUCUAGAAAUUGCGUAUGAUAGCCUAAGGCCUAAGGUCUAUUCCUCCAAUCAGUGUGGAGUCAGAGCGGCAGUUCUCUUCAUCAGUUUCAGGUUACUUUUGUAACCAUUUGCGGUCAAAGUUAAGUUACCAAACAUUAUACAUUGUCAUUUUUACGAUUUCAUUAUUUAAAUUUUACCAAAGGUUAAAACGACACCAAUUAUUUUAAUAUUUGAUUAAUAAAACUAUUUAAAUUAAAAGUUAAGAAUACUAUUUUUGUUCGUCUGAUUAAAGUCUGAAGAUAAACAUGUGUUUAAAAGCUUAUUAAAAAUCAAAGUGUGAUAUUUUUCCUAAAUGUUUUUAUUUCAUUGAUAAAUCCUCACCUCUCAUCUCGAAUCAUGACUAGAAAUUCUCUAAAUAUCAAAAAUAUCAAAAAUGCCGGGAUUCCGGUAUUUGUAAACUUCAAAACCGGUUUUGGCAAAAGGGACGGGUUUUGCGACCCCUACUAACAAUGACAUUCAGAAAAGAUGACCUCCAAAUAAGUACACAUGUACUUGUGUUUAUCUAGGUGCUGAAAUAUUUAUGACUUGUAUUGCAGGCCUGGAGAACCAGAAGUUCUAGAAAUGAUGUUGGACAUAUUUGAUGCCAUGAAACGAGAUUGUGACAUCAAUCAUCAAAAUAAAAAACUACAGACAUGUCUGCAUCUAGCUGCAAAGUGAGGACAUUUUUAUUGAUUUUGAAAUAUUUCAGUUUCUUAAUGCAUUAAAUUUACACUUUUUUUCAAUUGCCAACAUCAUUAGGGCCUUGAAAAAAAAAAGGCAAUGAUAGUGCAUAUUUCUUUUAAGAUUUUUUUUCUAGGAAGGUUCUGGUUUGAUGGCACAUAUUUCGCUUCUUCUUCUUAUAUUUGAGGUGCCCACGAUCAAUUUGUUGAUCAUUCUGGCUCCUGGUUUUAAAUUCAGAGUUUGCCUUCUCUUAGAUGGGUUGCCGUCCAAGGCUAACGAGUCCCAUCUACCCGGGGUGCUUGGGAUGAUUUGCUUUGGUGGGGAUUGAACACCAGACCACCAGCUGUUCUGUUCGCUUAUUUCCUAAAAUCUCCUUAUUUAAUGUUGGUAGACAAUGUGCCAGUUGAAAAAAAAAGAAGCAUUUUGUUACAGAAGAAACAUUAUUUCCUCUUAAAAAAUGAUUAUCCAAUAAGGUUUUUUUUAAACAUUGAUUUUCUUCUUCUUCUUCUUCUAUAUCUUAAGGGCCCACGAUCAAUUUAUUGAUCAUUUUGGCUCCUAUGCAUGUAGAUGGGAUUUGCAAUGUUUCUGUUCCUGGUGUUGAUGAGGAAAUUUCACAGAUUUCCAGUGCCACUUUGUGAGGGAAUCAUGCACUGGGGGUUUGAAGGCUUGAGGCAAUAGACACAAAUGUGUCUAGUGUUGUCGCCUCAACCGUUCCUUUUGAAAGAUUGUUCCAGUCCCUGAUUGUCUUGGGCAGGAAUGAGCAGCUCCUAUACUGGCUUCUUGCUGGUAUGAGCCUGAAUUGCCUGUCAUGGCCUCGUCGCUGUCUAUGGGGGAGAGGUACGAGUUUCUGUUUAAUACUGGAACAGUGGACCAGCCCAUUAUUUAUCUUGUACAUCAUGGAGAGCCUGGAUUGUCGUCGUCGUUUCUCCAAUGGUGACCAGCCUAGUGUUUCUAGCAUGCUGCCAACACUUGAAAAAUAAGCCUAAGAAUAGUAUUACUAAUAGUAUGAUCUUAUAGGUUUGAAAAUUUAAAGAUGAAUAUUUUUGUUUUUGUAAACAGAGAAGGAUUUCUGGACAGUGUCAAACGACUGAUGCUGUUUGGUGCAGAUAUUUCACUAGCUGACCACAAGGGUAACCAAGUGCUCCAUAUGUUAACUAGCCUCACAGUUACUGACCCUGCACACAGCUCCCGAUAUCUUGUCAUCAUUGCAACCAUUCUAGAUAGAGCUCCUCAGGUGGGUACAUUCUAGACAGAGCUCUCGGGUGGGUACAUUUAUGCUGCUGUGAGCUAGGAGUUUGGUAUUUAUCAUUUAAUGAAUGCAGCUAAGGAUGGCUAUUCAGUCAAGCUUAAAAUGUGCAUUAAUAAUUAAGGUAAACAUUGCUGAUUAAAUAAUGCGUAUGUCUCCAAAUUGAAGCUGUCCUUAUGUUUAAGUUAAUGUUUGUUUAGUGUUAAACUCCAUAAUAUGUUCUUAACUGUAUGUUCUUGUGUAUGAUAAUAUUGACAGCAUAAAUCUAUGAUGUAUGAUUGACAGCAUAAAUCUAUGAUGAAUGAUUGAUAGCAUAAAUCUAUGAUGUAUGAUUAACAGCAUAAAUCUAUGAUGUAUGAUAAUAUUGGCAGCAUAAAUCUAUGAUGUAUGAUAAUAUUGGCAGCAUAAAUCUAUGAUGUAUUAUUGACAGCAUAAAUCUAUGAUGUAUGAUUGACAGCAUAAAUCUAUGAUGUAUGUUUGACAGCAUAAAUCUAUGAUGUAUUAUUGACAGCAUAAAUCUAUGAUGUAUGAUUGACAGCAUAAAUCUAUGAUGUGAUAAUAUUGACAGCAUAAAUCUAUGAUAACGUCUCACUCAUUAUGCCUCUAAUUACCUAAUGUUGUUUUCAUGAACCUUUUUCAGUGGUACUCUUCAAUUAAAAAAAUUAAACUCAAUGAUACCAAAGAUACAGAAUCCACAGUGCAGAUUAGGAGGAGAGCCAUUUUGAAUCUCAUCUGUGAGAUGAACAACAAGGAAGAAUUGACGGUCCUUGACCUUGCCUGCAAGAUGGGUGCAUGUGAUGUCAUCAAAUACUUGAUUACCAUGGAGGAUGUCAUGGCUUUUAAGGUCAAUAUGGCAGUUAAUUUUAGAAAGUUAAAUUUAUUUCUAAAAUUUUAAAGUCUCAUUUUUUAUCAUGUGUAUGAGUUAAGAGAAAAAAAGAAAAAGAUAAAUUUCUUAUAAUAAUCUGACUUCUUUCAAUGCAGGUUGAGAAAUUCAUACGUUACGACAUUACAAGCAUAACACCAAGAACCAAUGGAACCUUAGGAGGAAUGUGUGCCAGGGGCUCUGUGUCACCCCGACCUUCUUGUCUGGAAUGGCUGCUAGCCAUUGGGGAUGAUAUACCUCAAAAUGCAGCCAAGAUUCUGGACAUUCAGGUAAGAAAACAUAAUUAAAUGAAUCAAGGGCUUUCUUAAUAAAAUCAUAAAAGUGUAAAUUACAAAAAAAUUACUUUUUUGAAAUCCAAAAAUAGUUUAAACAUUAAAUUAUUGAAUGGUUGUUUUUUUAUCUCUCAGCCUUUCAGUGACAUUGAGUCAGCCUACAGCUCAGUUGCAUUAUGGGCCUAUGCCAUUAUUAUGGCUGUUCACAUAACAUAUAUGAUUUUGUUCAGGUGAGCAUUGACAUUAGUCAUUAAAUUUCCCAAACCUUUACAAUGGUGUGCACUGUCAAAGAGUUCUGUCUCUCAAGACUUCUUUUUAAUGUUUAAGAAAGGGGAGAAAAUUCAAAUAAAGUAAAUACUACAUUUUUUCCUACUGAUACAUUAUAAUAAUUAUAAGGGUACAAGUUCCCUGGUCAGAAAUGAGCUAUUUUUAAGGGGAAAUGUUCCCUGAUCAGAUAUGAGUUAAUUAAAAAUGACAAUUUUAUUACAGCCCAAUUUUAAAUACCGGUAUAUAAGAUACAAGAUUAAUUUUCAGUAAUUUUACAAAUACAAGACAAACUAUCACAAUGAACAUAUUAAUUGUUAUGUUUGUUUAUGUUUAAAAGUACUUUUCUUUACUGUACUUUGUAAAUUCACUAUCGACAUAAAGUCUAUAAACAGAUGUCACCAAAGUUGUGUUGAAAUUAGGAAUGUUCAUCGCUUUCAAAAGUGUUUAUAUUAAUAUUAUAAUAACAAUAAUCCUUAACUUAGCUGGUCUGGACUGACGCUCUUGUACAACAGUCGAGCUAAACCUGGAGAGAGGGACAUUGAUGCCCCCACAUUAGUGACCUACAUCAUUGUGCCUCUAGAGCCUGCUUUCUUUGUUUUCUACAACACCUACACCAUGGUCAAACUCUGUUGCAUGGGGGAACUUUCAAUCAGGUGAAUUGCUGUUGUUGAUUUGCACAAGAACGUAUUCUCAGGAACUGGGCUCUUAAUCUUAACCUGUCAAAAUAUGCACAUUUGGCAUUAACCUGUUCAAUCCGGUAAUGGCCAAAUCGGGCCACUCAACCCUUUGUUUACGCGUCACUAAAUAGAAAGCAGAACAUUUAAAUGAAAAUCUCCCUGGAAACGAGACCAAGGGAGAUAACUCUCUUUUAAAUAUAUUUUUAUUUAUUGGGUGAGGAGUAUUCAUUAAAAGAGAUUUUUUCAUUUUAGUGUUAUGAUCAUUAUAAGACAAGUGCUUCGUCAAAAAUUGACUUUUACGAAUUUACACAAGAAAAGCAUAAGAAAUAAAGUUAUGCAACACAUGAAGCAACCGUUUGUGAAUGCAAAUCAAUUUUUUUCAAAUAAAUAUACUAUUAAAUAGAUUUGAUUUGAUUUCUUUUUCAAAACCUUUCUAACGGUAAAGGUGGAGAUGCUCCCCCUUGGGUGGGGUUUCCAAUGAUAACAUUUCUGAGCGCCCUGGAUUGAAUGGCUUAAUCUUUAUUAAAAUUUUCUGGACAGUAUUUGCAGAUACAACUAUGUACAAAUGCAUGUAUUUCACUGUGGUUAAAGCUCACAUGUGUCUAUCAACAGGUCAAAACUGUCUCAAGGUGGACCGAUGGCGUUAUUGAAUACAUUUAUGUCUGUGAUUGUGGGCCUGGUCUACUCCAUAUUUGUCAUCAUAUGGAUCAUAACAUAUGCCAUAGACUACAACUAUAUGGACUAUUUCCUGGCUAUUGCACUAUGUAUAGGUGAGUUGACCAAUCAUUUCUCUGUGUACAGGAAAGUUCCCCAAUGUCUCCCUAUUGCUCUGUUUUUUUGGUGGGUUGAUACCGAGUUGACCAAUGUUUGCCCAGUGCCUUCUCUAUAAAUGAAUGGUGUAAGAAAAAACCCCUAAAUUUCUAGUUAUCUCCCCUUCCCAAAUUACCUUUAAAAAAAUACCAGACUUUCAAUAAACCCAAGAAACAUAAAUUAUCCUUGCAUUGGUGUGUUAUGAAACCAACCUUGUUUAUUUUUAUGAUUAUAUUCCUGCCCCUUUUGAGACCAUAUAAAAAUCAACUUUAUAAACUCUACCGCUUGAUUGUAAGUUAACAAAAAUUGACGUAUCAAAAAUAUUAGCCCCAGAUAAAUUUUUUAGACCACAAAAAUAUCAAGGUUAGAUCUCACUAGCGUUGACGAGGAGAAUAAUGGUGAAUAGAAAAUGAAUUUGCUGAUCUCAGUUAACAAAUUUGUGGGUCAUAUUACAUUUGCAGGUUGGAUGUUCACUAUUGCCUUCACCAGAGGUUUCAGAGUUAUCAAUUAUUUUUGGCGGCUCAUUCAAAUCAUGAUCAUCAGGGAUGUCUUCAGAUUCCUUUUUAUCUACCUCUUUGUGCUGCUGGCUUUUGCAUUUGCCUUCCAUGCUUUAUUUCAAGGUAAAUUUACCAGAUAGUUUUACAAGAUGAGAAGUUUGUUGUGUUCGAAUAUUUCCCGUAAAUUUUUGUCAUUUCAACUUUGAUUAAUAUAAAAUGUUCAGAUCUAUAGAUAGGUCACUUAAACAGGGCAUUAAUGAAUCUGUUGUGGUGCCAAGCCUUUUGAUUGUGCAAUGUAGGUGAAUAAGUAUUUUAUAGUGUCACCAUGUAAAUAAUAAACUCUACAACCUUCUUCUGGUGUCACCAAUCGCUGGUUGCAGUUCACUGAUCUGUAACACACUGAUGGUAAUAUAACUUAGUAGAAACCUCACAAUUUAUAAAAGAAAAAACUACAUGUUCCUGAAUUACUGAAAUUUUUAAAGUUUUAUGGCCAACAAUUUCAUAAAAUAUUUCCCCCAAAAGAUCCUUUAACCCUCUGCAACAUUUCCUAACUAUGAGACAGUAGCCAACAUUUCUAUAUUAAGACACAGUAGACAACAUUACUAUACUAUGACACAACAGGCAAUGUUUCUGUACUAUGAAACAACAGGAAAUGUAUCUAUACUAAUACACAGUAGACAACAUUUCUAUACUAUGACACAACAGGCAAUGUUUCUGUACUAUGAAACAACAGGAAAUGUAUCUAUUCUAAUACACAGUAGGCAACAUUUCUAUAUUAUGACACAGUAGGCAACAUUUCUAUACUAUGACACAACAGGCAAUGUUUCUGUACUAUGAAACAACAGGAAACGUAUCUAUACUAAUACACAGUAGGCAACAUUUCUAUAUUAUGACACAGUAGACAACAUUUCUAUACUAUGACACAACAGGCAAUGUUUCUGUACUAUGAAACAACAGGAAAUGUAUCUAUACUAAUACACAGUAGGCAACAUUUCUAUAUUAUGACACAGUAGACAACAUUUUUAUACUAUCAUGCAGUAGUAAACAUUUCUAUACUAUUGUACAGUGAUGAAGGAAUAAACAAAGAAUUUAUAAAGGGUCCUUGGUGGCUUGGUCCAAACAGUCGGUGGCUUGGUCUAAACAGUCAAUCUCAUGCUUGUUGUCUAGUUUUCAAUCUAGCAAAAAAACAAGCAAAACACCCAGGGUGGAUGAGACUCGUUAACCUUGGAUGGCAACUCAUCUAAGAGAAGGAAAACUCUGAAUUCAAACGUGGAGUGGAGUCCAGUACGCAAAUAACAUUGACAUAAUGAAAAAUUCCGACAACUCCUGCAGCUCUGCUGGUACCAAGCUGUAACAUCCACACAUGAUAAUCCCUUGGGUUAUCCAGGUGCAUGGAGAAAGGCAAUUUGCUGUAUAAGGAACCAACUUAUCCUUCUGACACUUUUAUUUCAGUAUCCACAACUUUGUCAGAUCUCUACCCCAACCCUAUCUACACCAUUUUCCUUAUGUUCAACAUGUUGAUUGGGAUGGAAUACAUCUUUGAGAAUGAUGUGGUGGAUGAUGGAUUCAUUGCUGUCAGUAGAUCAGCUUUGUUUAUGAAGGUAUGUUUAACCUUGUACAUAAUUCACAGGUCAGCUUUGUGACUCAAGACACAUUCGACUUUGUGCAUGAUUCAUAGAUCAGCUUUGUUAAUGAAGGUAUGUUCAACCUCGUGCAUGAUUUAAUGACUGGUCCCAUCAAGGUUCAUGACCAGCUGUUUACUCAGUCUACAACUAACCAUGACAUGACUUCUCACAACUAAGAAUUUUAGCUACCGGUAAUACAGUCAAGAUGAAUAGUCAAGUGAGAAAUUUAUAUAAAGGUAUUGGAUGAAUUAGUUGCCUCUUGUGAUCAAAUGUAGGUGAUAAUGAUAACACAAGGCAAUAAAAGCCUCUUUUUCUGGUAGAAAUAUCUGGUACCUAAAUAUUCUUGUCUCUCUUUUGUGGUGCCUUCUACUUUUUAUAUCCAUAAUUUAAUAACAUAUGUUCUAUUAGAUUUCACUGGUACCGUAUUAAAUUUAAUAUUAAAUAAUUUAAACUUGUUUUGUUUAGAUUUUGUAUGUGAUCUACAUGAUCCUUGCCACCAUCGUUCUACUUAACCUGCUCAUUGCCAUGAUGAAUGAUUCAUAUCAGGAGAUUCUCAGGGUAGGUUACUACAAAUCUAAACAAAUUUAUUUCAAUACUAUACCUUAAAAAAACCAAACUGUUCCUUAUAAUAAACUUAUAUGCUAAUGGCGAUUGGUUACCCUCUGGCAUAUCAAGACCAUAAAGUUGAUUCUAAAGUAGGUUUUAUUUGACGUCCGGGGUUGUUUUAACAUCUCAUAUCUUGUGUGUUAAUGUUGGUAGGAAUAAUGCCAAGGUUAAUCGGUUUUAGCAUUAAAAUGUUGGCCACUUAAUACUUCAGAAUUUUUCAUGUGGUUGCUUACAGUAUCAGUAAGGCUAGCAAAGAAAUAUGGUGACCAUUGAGAGCUGUAAGCAGACAUGCAGAUGACACUCAGAAAAUGUUUGGAAAUUUUAAUUUAAAAUAAAUUGGCUAUAACUUAUCUAAAAGUCCCAAACUUUUUCGGGUCACAUCACCUUUGCUACAUGUAGGUGUUUUUGGGAGGUGCUGAUGACAAAUGUUUACAAGUGCACCAAGAAAUAGGGAGAAUUUUUUUUUUUUCUCCCAUGUUCGCUGUUUAGUAAUAACAAUCUAUUUCUGAACUACAAAAGAGAAAAAUACUUAACUUGACUUUAUCACAAUACUAUUCAGUUCAUACUGAAUCAUAGAAAUUAUUCAGAGAUAUGGUCUAAAAAAAUGUAUAUGUUAAAAAAAUCAUUUUUAAAAUGUAUUUUUGUACAUUGAUCUGUAAAUUGACCCAGUGAAGCCAGGUGAGUACACUUAUUGGGAUUGCUAAUUUUUAAAUCAUGAUGUCAAAAUUGAAAAGCCAUUUUAAAUUCUAAAAUAUACACAGACCUGCCAAGCCUUCAGCUUUGUGUCGGAAUUAUACGGAUAUUUUUACCCCCUCAACCGACCUUCCAACAAACCCCUUAAAAUUUGGAUUUUUUCGACUUUAUAAUUUUUCACCCGAAAAUCCGAAAGGGACCACAAAAAAAAAAAAAAAAAAAAAAAAAAAAAAAAAAAAAAAAAAUGCAUUUGUUUUUACUAAAUGUCUACACGUCCGGCAACCGGCCGAAUAAGUGAAUAAGUUCUCAAGAUAUUCGUCCGGCUACUACAUAUUCAACCAAAUCACAUGACCAGCGUAACAAAGUUGCGUGAGAUAUUUGUCUCUCAGCCUUGUCAUGUAACCGCUAAUUAUCGAUCAGAGUUAUGGUACAUCAUUUCAACAAAUUCAAGAUACUCUGGACAUUUGCAUGAAAAAGAAAUUGUUCAAUUCUACAAAAGAAAUACUACAACCAUUACUGGUAUAUAUAUAAUGAACAAUUGGUUAAAAAGUGCCAAUGUUUUUUUUUAUAAAGCGUGACAUGCAAUGAAUAUCUCCCACACUUUUUGUCCGGUCGCCUGACAUGUAGACACUGUCUUGUUUUUAUCGUAACGAACCGCAAUCUUCAAAUAAUUUUUCAAUCAUCAUUUGAUCCGAUCGUGAUUCAUCCUUUUACAUGGCUAAAAAAUAAUUCAGACUUUAUUUUUUUGCUAUAGCUUUUCUUAAUUAAAUGGUUAAAUCUGUCAAAAGUCGUGGGUACAAUGAUAUUAAUAAACAUAUUUUAACCCCAAAAAACCCCAACAUACAACUGCAGCUAAAACUAAAAGUAAAUGUAAUCCAUGUCUAAUUAAACAUUUCUUUGCUAAGGUAUUGUAGGACUUAGUAAGUUUUAUUUCAUUUUAUUUACCACCUUUCUGAUUGAAGGAAAUAUUUCUCUAGCCAACUCCUAUCGUUUUAAUGCCAGUGACAAAAAAAAUGUUUCCAGACUUGCAGAUUGCUAGAAGAUUGUGAAGAAAAAUUACAAUGAAACAGGGGCAAGCAUGGAAGUUGAUACUCUUUCUAACUUGCUUGUAUCUAAAAUCAAUUGCAAUGCUAACCAGUUGUCCAAAGAGUUGUUGGACAGUUGCAAAAGGCCACUAGGGAUAUGCUGGAAAACUGAACUCUUAGUCUUAGCAGCCUGUGAACAUAUGUAAAUAAAAUGGAUCUUCUGUCCUGCACUGUAUAUAUCUGUAUAUAAACAUUUCCAGUAAUGUUUUUCUUAUGUUCUUUGGGCUCUUCAAAGACAAUGGAGAUAACUUUAUAUUUUUUAUUUACUAAAAAAGGCUUGUGCAUUAGUUUAUAGAUCUUAAGCCAUUGCUCCCCCACCCCCUCCCCUUUUGGGGCACUGGUUCCUGGGGGGCAGCGGCCCCCCUUCACCCCUGCAUGCACCCGCUACAGAUUUCUUUUGUUGGCAGGUCUGUAUAUGGUUGUAAAAAAAGAAUAAAUGAUCUUGGUGUACUAGAGACAAAACCAGUGGCAGCUUUAGGUAAAGGUGAUAUAGACAGACCAAUGGCAGCUUUAGAUAUUGGUUAUAUAGAAAGUUGCCAAGAGCACCAUUAUUUCAGCCAUGUCAAAUUCCAGAAAUAUAUAAUUUUAUCAGUAUAGAGGAAUAAGUGUUUUGAUAAAGCAGAUUUUACUAUUAAAUCCCAUCAUUGGGUAGGAUAAAGCAGAUUUUACAGUUAAAUCCCAUCAUUGGCUAGGAUAACACAGAGCUGGAUACAACUUUCUAAGGCUGGAACUGGAAAAAAAACUUUUCACUACAGAUUAGGGAUUUACUACAGAUUAGAGAUAAUCUACCAUGAUUAAUUUCAUUCAUUGAUCAGUCAAAUAACCUUUUCAAUAUUAUGAACAGCUAGCGUCUGUAUUUCUGCUGAUGCACAUAAAAAUUGCAAAUUUUGUGUUCAGAAACAACGACAAGCUUGGAGGAUUGAGUCAGUACAGUUGGGAGUUGAUGUGGAGAAGAGCAUGCCAAUAACAUUCCCCAUGUUUAGCAAGGUCAAGGUUAUCAAAGGGUAAGUUCAAAUGCUGGCCUCUUACUUAUGUCACAAUGAUCCUUUGAAUGCAUCUUUAAAAAAAGACUAGUUAUACUUGUGCUGCAUGAACCGUGAGUCUCCAGUAAAUCCGUUCUCAAACUUGUCACUGGCAACCCUCUGACAUUUUUUGUACCAGGACAUUUCAUGAUAACAAAGUUGAUUUUCUUCUCAGGUUCAUCUGCCCCGCUGACCAGGCCAAUGGCACCACACGGUGGUAUAUUGAGGUGGCCAAGACCAAACAGUCUCUUGAUGAUGCCAGCAAUACUGAAGAUGGUGAGAAGGAGGCUUUAGAAGAAUUGAAAUCUAAGAUGGCCGCCAAUGAUGCAAGAAUGGCUGAGCAAAUCCAAGCACUGAAAGUUAAUGUGGAUGAUAUCCAUGCAAUGGUAAGGAAUCUGGAACAUGCUCUUACAACCAAAGAUAGAAAAGUUUAAGGAAUGCUAUUUAUGUAUUUAAUAUUUUAAGAAAUUUUCAAAUGUUAAACACAAGUUCAUAAAAGUUAUGACACAUAAAAUCAUAAACCAUGUCUGUUAUGGGAGAUGACAUAAGGAAUCACCCUACAUACUCAUCUGUUGAUCUGCUGGCAUACUAAGUAUAUACUCUUUCUUUGUUAAAGCUGAACCAGUUAUUCUUAAAUUUACAUGUAUGUAUCAAGUUUUUUAAGCUGCUGAAAUUACGGGUUUUAUAUAUUUUUCAUAUAAAUAGAAAUGUUCCUGAGAUUUUUGAUGAUGUUUACACACACCGCUAUUCAUGUUUUUCUAAUCAGGUUGAUUUUCAUGUCAAUGCAAAAAUAUUUUGAGGUUUUUAUCAAUUAUAUAUGGC